AGCGCAGGUCGGCGAGUUUGUGGUAGGGAAUGGUGGGCAGGGCGCUGCAGAUGGCCUCCCCGUUCAUGGUCCCGGGCGCUCAGGCCGGUUCCGGGUGUGCCCCCUGCUGCGGCGGCUCCCAAGGCUCCCCCGCCGCGCUCAGGCGCCCAGAUACGCCCCUGCACGAGCGAGGCCGGCAAGACCCUUUUUGCCCCGCAACACUAGGUCACGAGGGCGCCCAUUCCCCGGAUGGCCCACGCCAGCCGCUGCUUCUCCGAACCAGAGCUGACUUCUUUUCUAGAGACUGGUGCCAACGCCGUAGCGCCGCGAAAGAGCUUCCUCUCUCGCAGCCCCGGCCCUCCCCGGCGCGCGCAGCGACCAGCUCCGGCCGCCCGAGCUCCUCCCUCCCCAAACUUCGCAGGUUACGUCAGCGGCGGACAGCAAGGCGGGGAGAGGGGCAGCCCGCUCGCGGCCCUCCCGCCUGGCUCUCCUCGGCCUGCGGCCGGGAUCCUCCGCCCGGGUCGCGCAGCCGAGGCCGAGGGCUGGGGCGGGCGGCUGGGAAGUGGGAAAGGGAGCCAGAGGCGCUCCUUUUGUCUUCUCUUCCCAUCCCCCAGGUUUGGGAAAGUUUUACUUUUGGGAAAGCCCCUCUCUUCAUCCUGCUGGCGGGUGUCGGAUUGGUUAGCGGCCACCGGCCCCCGCCGCCCCCAACAGGAUUCUCCUUUGGGCCACAGGUCUUCCGGAAGUUGCCAAACCCCGGUAGUGGCAGCGUCCGGCUGGGGGCUUUAUUAGGGGGCACCGGGGUCUGCUUUCCGACUCCCUUCCGACUCUGCGCCUGCGCAGGAAGCUUUUUGGGGAGUGUUGUGAAUUCCGAGGGCUCCACACUUAAAAGGUUGUACACUCACCUGUCUACCUGGACUCCAAUUUCCAUAUUUCCAGCCACUUGAGGACUGAGAGGUGGAUGAUAAACCCUGUCAUAGUGGAGCAAGUUCAGGUGUUUAACCGCUGUUACGGGGGAUCUGCCUUUUCUCCCUCUCCUUUCUUACUUCCAUGAGUAUGUAUGUGCAGAGAUUGAAAAAUGACCUUGAGAGAGUCCAUCCAUCUAACUCCAGUUCAUUGGAAAUUUCUGCUUCUUUGAGACUGAGGUUAUAUUCCACUUCUUCUGACUACACCACCACCAUCAAGCUCCUUCUCUGAACUCUUGGAUCAUUACUUCAACCUGAAACAACUCAUCAGGCAGAAUAGUUGCCUACUGCCCCAACCCCACCAAAUGUUCCAGCACCUCUGAUAUUACCUCACAUGGCAAGAGGGCUUUGAAGAUGUGAUUGAGUCAAGGAUCUUGAAUGGGGAGAUUAUCCUGAAUUACUCAGGUGGACCCAGUGUAAUCACAAAGGUUUUUCAAAGAUGGAAGAGGGCAGAAGAGCCAGAAAAGGAUAUGUGACAAUGGAGUCAGUGUCAGAGUUGGAGUGACGUGAUGUGAGAAGGAUUCAACCUGCUGUUUCUGGCUUUGAGGAUGAAAGAAGGGGCCAUGAGCCAAGCAAUACAGGUGGCUUCUUUCAAGAAGUUGGAAAAGUGGUAAUAUUUUAUGUUAUUUUGGUUUGAUUUUUGUUUGUGGCAUAUGGCUCUGCUGUCCUGUGACUCUAAGUAGAAGAGAAAAUAGUGCCAAUAAUUUCUUCGUGGAGAUGCACCUCUCUCUCUUAAGUCUUGAACAAUGUUUGAGGAGGAAAGACCAAAAAAGGAUAAAACACACCAAAGUUUGUUCAAUCCAGCCAGUCCCCAGCAAAGACCUAAAAGAAUGAAUUCAUUUUCUGGGUAUUGGUUCCAGGUUCACCUGUGCAUACUAAAACCCAGGCAUACUCAAAUCCCAGAGUUGGCUCUGAAGCAUCUGAGGAUAGGAAAAGUCAGCUCUCCUUAUACAGGAAACAUUGCAGCGUUAUAAGAGAAAUUAUAGACUAUUUGUUGAAGCUCAGCGUGUCCAUCUCCCUGCUUUGAAGAAGGAUGUUGGGAACUGACUGUAAGGAAGACAGGAUUGGAGAACCAGGUUUAGAAGAGAAAAGGCAGUACCAGAAGUUUUUGAUUGGAGAAAACUACAGGGCAAUGUUGCACAAGAACCAUUGCUGUGUCUCAGGACUGCAUCAUUGCUUACCCAACAUGACUCAGCCUCGGUAUUGCCACUGACUCACGGAGCUCCUAAUAGAGGAGAAUUAGUGUCACAGAUUGACUGGAAAACCAAUCCACAUGAAGCCAGGAAGAGAAAUGAAGCUGCUGUUGCUGAAUCCAUAGCUGGCCUUAAUGAUGCUGGCUAGGAAAGACGGCCCAUUCUGGGAGAGAUAAGUCAAUUUUGCAGUGUCUGUUAUUAUCAUAGUGACUAUUGUCCUCCUGUUUUAUAUUUAUUUACCUAAAUUGUUUUGGAAAGACUCAGAGGUAUAGAGACAUGCCUACUUUUUGCAAAAAUCAUCACACUGUCAUGGAGGUAGUCCAGGCUAUGGGGCUCUUAUUUGUUGGUGUCUUGGGCAAGUUGCUUGACCUCUGAUCAUUGUUUGCUUAUUCUUAUAUCGCCCCUGUAUUUCAGACUCACUCUGUGUCAGGCAUUUGUUUACCUUUGUAGCAAGCUCAGGAGGAAAAUACCAUUGCCCUUGUUUUACAGGUGAUGAAACUGUACGUUUUCCAAGGACACAGUGCUAGGGAUUAUCAGUCUCAGACAUCUGCGUGAGCUGCAUCUGGGAGAGCUAUGUUUCUGAAUCUUUCUUGGUCUAUCAUAUAUCAUAUAUGAGUGUACAUUAGUCAAACGUCACUCACCAUCACCAAGAUGGAACUUUAAUGCUAUCUCUUAUGUCAUUGCUGUUUCAAAAACCUCAGACUCAGGAUCAGGAAUCAGGAAUCAGAAGAAAAUAUUAAUGAUAACUUCAUCCUCAAGCACAAUGGACAAAGCUAUAGAUGUACCUAAUUCUUCAGCAAAAAUGUACAGUUAUGAGAUCUUGACAUCUAUGGUUCUUCAUUGUUCAGGACACAGCUGAAGUAUUACCUUUCCCAAGAGAUCUUACAUGACAAUAACCACCCCUGUCCUAUGUUUUGGUAUCAAGAUGAAGCUGACCUCAUAGAAUGAGUUGAAGAGUAGUCCCUCCUCCUCACUUUCUUGGAACAGUUUCUGUAGGAAUGGAACCAGCUCUUCUUUGUACAUCUGGUAGAAUUUGGCUGUGACUCCAUCAGGUCCUGGGCUUUUUUUUUUUUUUGGUUGGUAGGCUAUUUAUUACUGAUUCAAUUUUGGAGCCCAUCAUUGGUCUGUUCAGGGAAUCAAUUUCUUCCUGGCUCAGUCUUGGGAGGGUGUGUGUGUCCAGGAAUUUAUCAGUCUCUUCUAGAUUUUCUAGUUUGUGUGCAUAGAGGUGUUUAUAGUAGUUUCUGAUGGUUGUCUUUAUAUCUGUUGGGUCAGUGGUACCAUUCCUUUCAUCAUUUUUAAUUGUGUUUAUUUGGAUCUUCUCUUUUGUCUUCUUUAUUAGCCUAGCUAGUGGCAUAUCUAUUUUAUUAAUUUUUUCAAAAAACCAAUUCCUGGAUUUGUUGAGAUCUCUACAAUAAGCAUUACAAAACACUGCUGAAAGAAAUCAGAGAAGACACAAACAAAUGAAAAAAACAUCUCUUGCUCAUGGAUAGGAAGAAACAAUGUUAUUAAAAUGGCUAUACUGCCCAAAGUAAUUUACAGAUUCAUUGUUAUUCCUAUCAAACUGCCAACAAUAUUCCUCAAAGAACUAGAAAAAACUAUUUUAAAAUUCAUAUGGAACUAAAAAAGAGCCUUAAUAGCCAAGGCAAUCCUAAACAAAAAGAAAAAGCUGGAGGCAUCACGCUACUUGACUUUAUGCUACAAGGCUACAGUAGCAAAAACACCCAUGUUUCUGGUACAAAAACAGGUGCAUAGACCAAUGGAACGGAAUAAAGAGCCCUGAAAUAAUGCCGCACAUCUCCAACUAUCUAGUCUUUGACAAAGCUGACAAAAACAAGCAAUGGGGAAAUGACUCUUUAUUCAAUAAAUAGUGCUGGGAUAACUGGCUAGUCAUAUGCAGAGGAUUGAAGUUGGACACUUUCCUUACACCAUACACAAAAAUCAACUCAAGGCAGAUUAAAGACUUAAAUAUAAAUCCGAAAACUAUAAAAACCUUGCAAAACAACCUAGUCAAUACCAUCCUGGAUGUAGGAAUGGGCAAAUAUUUCAUGACAAAGACACCAAAAGCAAUCACAACGAAAGCAAAAAUUGACAAGUGGAAUCUAAUUAAACUUAAGAACUGCACAGCAAAAGACACUAUCAACAGAGUAAAUAGACAACCUACAGAAUGGGAGAAAGUAUUAGCAAACUAUGCAUCUGACAGACAAAGGUCUAAUAUCUAGCAUCUAUAAGGAUCUUAAACAAAUUUACAAGAGAAAAGCAAACAACCCUAUUAAGAAGUGGGCAAAGGACAUGAACAGACACUUCUCAAAACAAAACAUAUAUGUGGUCAACAAGCAUUUGAAAAAGAGCUCAAUAUCACUAAUCGUAAGAGAAAUGCAAAUCAAAACCACAAUGAGAUACCAUCUCAUAACAGUCUGAAUGGCCAUUAUUAAAAAGUCAAAAAACAACAGAUGCUGGUGAGGUUGUGGAGAAAAGGGAACACUUAUACACUGUUGGUGGGAGUAGACAUUUGUCCAACUAUUGUGAAAAGCAGUAUGGUGAUUCCUCAAAGAGCUAAAAGCAGAACUACCAGUUGACUCAACAAUUCUAUUACUGGAUAUAUACCCAGAGGAAUAUAAAUUGACCAUAUGGUGUUUCUACCAUAAAGACACAUGCAUGUGAAUGUUCAUUGCAACACUAUUCACAAUUGCAAAGACAUGGAAUUAACCUAAAUGCCUAUCAAUGACAGAUUGGAUAAAGAAAAUGUGGCACUUAUACACCAUGAAAUACUAUGCAGCCAUAAAAAAGAACAAGAUGUCUGUGGACAGAACAUGGAUGGAGCUGACAAAACAAAAAAACAAAAAAAAUUUAGCAAACUAACACGGGAACAGAAAACCAAAUACCACAUGUUCUCACUUAUAGGUGGGAGCUAAAGGAUAAGAACUUAUAAACACAAAGAAGGAAACAACAGACACUGGAGUCUCCUUGAGAGGGAGGGCGGGAGGAGAGAGGGGAACAGAAAAGCUAACUAUUUGGUACUGGGCUUAAUACCUGGAUGAUGAAAUAAUAAGUUAAACAAACCCCCGUGACAUGUGUUUACCUGUGUAACAAACCAUAUGUACCCCGAAACCUAAAAUAAAAGUUAAAAAAAAGAAA